AUGUUUCGCACUGUUUCGGAAGCCCUGACGGCUAGCGGACACCACCUCACCGUUGUCGGACACUUCCCCAAGACCCCGAAGGAACCCACGAGACCACAGCAGUCGCAAAAUGGAGACAUCAAUGGCGGUGGAGACGAAGGUCGUGGAUCUGGGUCAUACACUGAUUACAGUCUGUUCGGCUCGAUGCCGGUGUACGAGAACUUCACAACCGACGAGGUGACGGGCAACGGUUAUCUGAAAGAGAUGCUAAUCAUCCUGCAGGAUGGUUUGGAUAACUGUGAGGCAGUUUUAUCUUCGGGUCGACUCAGCCAGCUCCUUCAGUCCCGGGCCAAGUUUGAUCUCGUCUUGGUCGAGAUCUUCAACACUGGUUGCUUCGUGUCAAUUGCCAAUCAUUUUGGGGCACCAGUCGUCGGUAUAACUUCGACCAGUCUCUAUCCGUGGUUUGGAGGUAUGGUCGGCGAUGUGGUGAUGCCGUCGUAUGUGCCGGUAAACUUGUUACCAUUCACCAGUCGGAUGAUGUUUGCUGAACGCCUGAUCAACUCCAUGAUACUAAUAGGGAUGAAAACGUAUUACAAAUUCAAAUACGAACAGGCGACUCAAGAAAUCGUGGAUAAAUACUUAGGAAAACUAAACGGUGGUACGGUGUCCGAAUCCCUGGACAACGUGAACGCCAUCAUACUGAACACACACUUCGUGUUCGGAGACACCCGGCCUCUGCCACCAGGUAUCAUUGAAGUCGGAGGAUGCUCAUAUAAGAAACCAAUGCCCUUGCCGGAAGUCUUAGAACGGUACGUAGCCGAGGCCCAACGAGGUGUCAUUUACUUUUCAAUGGGCUCCAUAGUGAAAGGCUCAUCCAUACCAGCCACCCAGUCACUGGCCAUGCUCCGGGUGUUCGGCAGACUGGACGGCUACAGGGUACUGUGGAAAUGGGAGGACGACCCACCACCACAGGAAGUCCGGCCCGAAAAUGUCAUGUUCGUUCCUUGGAUGCCUCAGUUUGAUGUGCUCAGUGAGUAA